CCACCGUUCGUUAAUUAUAUGCAAAUAUUUUCAAUUUUCCAUGAGUUUUUGUCUUCAUUAAAAGAGAUUUUCUUCAAAACCAGUCUUUCAGGCUUCAUAUUUGAAGUGAGAUCAUAGAUGUGACACAGAUGGAGCAUUUACAUGAUUCAGGGCCCAUAAGAGGCAGGAGCAUUCCAACAAAUACAAUUUCCAUGGCAAUGAAUAGUUCAAACUCAAUGAACACUUCCACCCCAGAAGCUUUACGACGUAAACGCAAGAAAAAAAAGAAAAGAGGUGGGUUGGAUUUACAACGCAGUGGAACUCCCCAAAGGGGAAUAGUCCCAGGAAAAAGCCGUAAAAUAUUCACACGUGGGACUGAAAUUACUAAAUUCCGAGCUAGUGAUGGAACUAUCUAUCACAAAGGAGAUCAUGUCUUCCUUGAGAACAGUCAUCCACAACAACCAUUCUAUGUCUGUUGCAUACAGGAGUUCAGACUGAGCUCCAGAGAUACUCUGAUGGUACAAGUGAAAUGGUUCUACAGACCCAAUGAGAUCCCUGAAUCAGUUUACCACUUUCUUGUCCAAGAUCGUCAUACUGAAAAUGUUUCAGGCAGAGAGUUGGUUAUUAAAGACCCAGUCAUCAAAGCAAGGGAAUUGUUCAUAUCUGACACAACAGACACUUUCUCUGUCAAGUUUCUCAGAGGACGCUGUAAAGUAAUACACUACCAAGACAUCACCGCUGCCAGAGACUUCCUGCCAACCCCAGAUUCGUUCUUUUAUGUCUUAAGCUUUAAUCCUGAGACAAAGAGACUGGCGACCACGCAGGGUGAGAUUCGGGUGGGGCCGAGCCAUCAGGCUCGGCUCCCUGUGUACCAGGAGAAUGUUGAGGUUACAUCAGACCUGCUGUAUCCUGUGGAACAGUUAAUAUGGAAAUCCUCAGCUGUGGAAGACUGUGAUCUGAUGAUGUACCUCAGGGCUGCAAGGUCCAUGGCAGCAUUUGCAGGAAUGUGUGAUGGUGGUUCCACAGAGGAUGGUUGCCAGGCUGCUUCUAGAGAUGAAACUACUAUCAAUGCUCUUGAUAUGCUGCAUGCCUCCAGAUACGACACUGGGAAAGCGCUUCAAGGUCUUGUCAAGUGCCCUGUUCCUAGGAGCAUAGAAAAGAAAUGGAAUGAUGAAGAAUCUAAGAGGUUCUUGAAAGGCCUGCGUCAAUAUGGAAAGAACUUCUUCAAAAUAAGGAAGGAAUUGCUACCACACAAGGACACAGGGGAGCUAGUGGAGUAUUACUAUUAUUGGAAGAAGACCCCUGCAGCUCAAACAGCCAGACCCCACAGGAGACAUCGCAGGACAGGGGUGCUCCGUAAACAGGCACGCACACCUCGUCCAAUAUCCAAUGAAUACUUGGAUUCAUCAGCUAGUGAGGUUUCUGAUUUGGACUCAGCAGAUGAAAGUGACAGUCGAGACUUGACAGGUUAUUCGUGUAGACACUGUGACACUACAACUUCUAAAGACUGGCACCAUGCUGGCAAAGACAAAGCGCUCCUAUGCACUAAAUGUAGACUAUUCUACAAGAAAUAUGGUGAAGAUCGGCCACUAGAUGACUCUCCUUUCUUGUUCAAACCAGUGAAAGAUGAAGAUGAAACCUUAAACGGGAAGCCAAUUAUGCGAACUCGUAGAUCAAGGGAAUCGGGCAAGACAAAGUUAAAGAAGGACCGCCAACAGACAAAAGACAGUGAGGAAGACAUGACAUGUCUGCUCAAUAGCUCCGCAAUAUCACAGAAAAUUGGUCGGAAGUCUCCUAGUUCUGCCUCCACUUGUAGCAGCAGCAGCUCAGAUAACAAAACCACAAAGCAGCCAAACUCUGAAUCCAGUGAAUCAGUUCAACCAAUCCAGAUCAAAAAGGAACCAACAGAGAGCCAAUCAGAAUCAUCGUCAGAGAGUAGCAGCAUAUCUGGUAAUGAAGAAAAUGGAAUAGACGCUGAUAUUGAAACUAAUCAGGAAGAUGCAUCAUCUGGCUCAGAAAGUGUCCCUAGUUCAAGGGAAAAUGACCAAGAUUAUAAACCCCCAUCAUACAUAAAGACUGAACCAAUAGAAUGUCCCAUAUCUGGGUCACCCAUAGAUUUCACAUGUAAACCACCCUUUGAGGAUACCAAAUCUGGCGAGUCUCCAACCAUUAAGGUACCCGAACCAGUAAUUGUUGUGCCUCAUAUUAAAUCUGAACCUAUUGAGCCUGAAGAGCAAGAAACAGAAAAUCCUACAGAUGUAGAGGACUCUAUACCACUUGAACAAUUAAGGUUGAUUGACCAGUCACACCUUCCACGACAUCAACCAAUAGAUCAACAAGAUGGUGUAGAGCAUCAACAUCUACUGGUGCAUUCACCAAAAUCAGUAGAACAAACUCAAACAAUUGAACAUCCAGGCUUCCUCCCCCACAGGAUGGAUAUGCCUAGAUCUGGACUUAGACAAGAUACACAUAGGACUGAUAUCCUAAGGCCUGAUGUGCAACUUCCAAAUUUAGUUAAAUCAGACUUGAACAGAACUGAGUUAUUAAGACCAGAUAUUCUAACUAGGCCUGAUUUAUUGAGGCCUGGGUUACCUUUAAGGCCCGAUUUACCCCCAAGGUCUGAUUUACCCCAAAGGCCUGAUUUACCCCAAAGGUCUGAUUUACCCCAAAGGCCAGAUUUACCCUCAAGGCCUGAUUUACCCCCAAGGCCUGAUUUACCCCAAAGGCCUGAUUUACCCCAAAGGUCUGAUAUACCCCAAAUGCCAGAUUUACCCUCAAGGCCUGAUUUACCCCUAAGGUCUGAUUUACCCCAGAGGCCUGAGGUACACAGUGGGCCAUUUGACUAUCACCACCCAUAUCCCAGUGAGCAUAGUCUACCUCACUCUUUAGUUCCUCCCCUAGAGCAUCGAAUAGAGUCAGAGACCCCCAGUUCUCGAAUAGAACACCCAAAGGAUAACCAAUCUGAUGAGCCCCCAAGCAAGAGGGCCAGGUCAAAUUCACCAGCUAAUAUUGACCUUAGUGUCGUCAAACAAGAAGUGGAUAUUGAUGUGCAGGUUGAUAGUGAUUCAGAACCAGAGCCUGAUAGAGGACCAACUCCAGAGCCACAGCAAUGUUAUGAGGAACUUCACAAGAGCAAAUCUGCAAUUGUAAUCAAAACCAUCAAUAGAGGGCCCUACUGGUCAUGUGCGCGCAGUGAUCUCAUAUUCCAACCACUCCCUGACAGUAAACUAGCCAAGAAGUGGGAGGAACGGAAGAGGAGAUCUUCUGACGCUGCUACUGCAAAAGUCAAGGAGGAGAUUGUAGAAGAGAAAGAAAAGUCUACAACUUCAUUAGCUAAACGUGUCCAGACUCCACCAGAGAAUAGAUCUGCUGAUGCUCAGAUUACAAGUUUCACCUCACGUCAAGAAAUUCCAUCGCAAUAUUCUGAUCGCCACACACCACGAUCCAUCUAUCCAGAUACACCUGCAUUGCGCCAGUUGAGUGAAUAUGCACGGCCACACACUCUGAAUGGAGCUGAGAGUCCACGUCAAGCACCAUAUGGAGGUCUGGGUCAGAUUCCGCAUGGCACUGAUCCUUUGCUAUUUCACAGAAUGGCCAUGUAUCCACCUGGCUCGAGAGAAAGACUAGAAUUGGAGCUAGAGAGAGAUAAGAGAGAGAGAGAUGCAAGAGAGAGGGAGAUGAGGGAGAGAGAAUUGCGGGAAAUGGAAAUGAAAGAAAAGAUGCGUGCUGACAUCGAACUAAGCAAGCAUCAAGGUCUUGAAGGUCGCUUUCCACCUAAUUCUCUUGAAUUAGACUCUGCAAGAAGAGCAGAACUCCAACGCUUCUAUGCUAGUCUUCCUGGGGGACUUCCCCCUGGUCCCCUUGGGUCACAUAUGCCAGGGGUAUACCCUCCCAACAGUCUCGCUAGCGAUCUUCUGCAGCGUGAGCGGGAACGGAUGGAGCGACUAGGUACUGGUAUUCCAGUAGGUAUCCCUCCUGGUGCCUUACACCCUACCCAGCUGGCGAUGUACGAGAAUGCCCUCGUAGCUGAGAGAUUAUCUGCCGAGCGUUUACACAUGGAGAGGAUGGCACUCUCUACUGACCCCAUGGCUCGACUUCAACUCGCUGGCUUGGCCCCUCCCCCCUCUUCAGCUCUAGGGGUAGGUGGUCCGCCUCCACCACCUGGCUCAGCCCACACACACUCUCAUACACAUUCUCAUACACACCUACAUGUCCACCAGCCAGAGAAUGAGACUCCUCCAGCAGCCCCAGGAAUGCCGCCACCAGGGGUGCACCCUCUAGAUAUGCCUUGGCUCCUUGGGGGUGGCCCAGCCCCGCCUCACCGCCCUGGAUUUAUGCCAGGGGCAGAUCCACUAGCAUCAGGUGGAGCCAGUAGUACACCAGCCCCAGGGACUGCCCACCCCUUGCCUGCAGGCCCCCAUGGUCCCUCCACUCACCAAAUCAUGGCAGCUCGGGAGCAGGAGCUCCUACAGAGGGAUUUACUAGCCAGGGCUCAAGGAGACCCACAACUCGCCUAUCAGUUGUCUGCGCAAGCUCACCAUGAAGCCAUUCAGAGACAGCUAGCUAUAGAGAGGGAACGCUUGGGUGCAGGACACUUGCCUCAUUGAAGGUGUCAAUGACACAUAAUAGAUGUCAUUGCACUGGCUGGUGUCAUAACACAUAUUAUAGAGACAGCAUGACAUUCCACAUAUAAUUCAACCUUGUGGCAGUCAUUUAGCAAACUAUUUUGCAGCAUAAUAUAAGCAUAUUAUAAAUAUACACUUAAUAAGUGUACAUACAUACAUCUACAUGGACCAAUACAAUAGAAGAGAUACCACCAAAGUUUAGCAAGUGAUAGAUGAUUAUGCCAUUUAUAUGUGAUUGGAUGGUGAUCUGUAUCUCCUACAAUAAUAGACGAACAUAAAUUUACACUAGUGUGCAGAUGAACAUGCAUUAACACUGGUGUACUAAAGAUGAACAUGGUUUUACACUAGUGUAUUACAGAUGAACAUGCAUUUACACUGGUGUACUAAAGAUGAACAUGGUUUUACACUA